GCAUGGGAGCUAUGAACAGAGUCAGUCCGUCCUCCUUCCUUCAGCCACAGUGCUCCUCAUGAGCCGAAGCCAUACUCAGAAGAUAUGCUCUCCCUGAGGAUCGCCUGCCUCGUCGUGAGUGUGGUCAGCGCUGUCUGGACCGCAGGCACCGAAAAUGAAUUCGAAGUAGCAGGAGGAGGAGUGCGUGGUCCAAGAGGUUUUGAGAAACAUGAGAGUCACUGCAGAGAGGCAGACUGGCCCUUCUGCUCCGAUGAUGACUGGAACAGCAAAUGCCCUUCCGGCUGCAGGAUGAAAGGGUUGAUUGAGGAAGUCAACCAGGAUUUUACAAAUAGAAUAAACAAGCUCAAAAACUCGCUAUUUGAUUUUCAAAAGAACAACAAGGAUUCUAACUCACUAACCAGGAAUAUUAUGGAGUACCUGAGAGGGGACUUCGCUAAUGCCAACAACUUUGAUAACGCAUACGGUCAAGUCUCAGAAGACCUGAGACGCAGAAUUGAAAUCCUGAAGCGCAAGGUCAUAGAGAAAGCCCAGCAAAUUCAAGUUCUUCAGAACAACGUCAGGGCUCAGCUGAUUGACAUGAAGCGGCUAGAGGUGGACAUUGAUAUCAAGAUCCGCUCUUGCAAAGGGUCCUGCAGCAGGGGUGUGAAGCGUGAGAUAGAUCUAAGGGACUAUGAAAACCAGCAAAAACAGCUUGAACAGGCCAUUGCUAAAGACUUGCUUCCUACGAAAGACAGGCAGUACUUGCCAGCCAUAAAAAUGGUUCCAGUUCCCGACUUGAUUCCUGGAAGUUACAAGAGCCAGCUUCAGGAGGCCCCUCCAGAGUGGAAGGCGUUAACAGAAAUGCAGCAGAUGAGAAUGGAGCUGGACAGGCCCGGAAAGGAUGGGAGUUCGAGAGGAGAUUCGAGAGGAGAUUCACGAGGAGAUUCGAGAGGCGACUCUCCAACUCGUGGAACAGGGGCAGCGGCAGAAAGCCCCAGGAACCCUGGACCUGGUGGAUCUGGGUAUAGGAGUCCUGGGAGCUCCGGGCCUGGAAGUGAUGGAAGUCGGAACCCGGGGAUCACAGGGUCUGAUGGUACUGGAACCUGGGUUUCUGGAAGCCCUAGACCUGGCAGUUAUAGGCCAGAUAGCUCAGGUGCUGGGAUCGUCAGGCCUAGCAACCCUGACUGGGGUGAGUUUUCGGAGUUCACAGGAAGUUCCAGCCCAGUGACAAAGGAGUACCACACAGAUAAAGUGGUCACCUCUAAAGGAGAUAAAGAGCUCCUGAUCGGAAACGAGAAAGUCACCUCCACGGGCACAAGCAGCACACAUCGUUCGUGCUCUAAAAUCAUUACCAAGACCGUCACAGGUAUCGACGGGCGCCGAGAAGUGGUCAAGGAAGUGGUCACCUCGCAUGACGGGUCUGACUGCGGCGGCGACUUAGACAUGACCCACAGCUUUAGUGGCAGGCUGGACGAAUUUCCCCAUAGUCACCCCGAGCACGCUGCUUUUUUUGAGAGCCGGUUCGGCUCAUUCCCAUCUCACAUCAAGGAAUCUGGCAGCGAGACCCACGCUAGGGGCUCUGAGUCUGUCAUCUUCACGGACGCUGAGGGCCCCGGCACCCACGUACCUGAGUUUUCUGCCAAUAGCAAAACCUCAACAGUCAGAAAACAACACACAUUCAAGAGCUAUAAAAUGGCAGACGAGGCAGGAAGUGACGCCCACCAUGAAGGGGAAGCUCGGACCACCGCGAGGGGCCGUGUCAAGUCGCGAGCAGUGAGAGACUGUGCUGAUGUCCUCCAAACACACCCUUCAGGUGCCCAGAGUGGCAUUUUCAGAAUCAAGCCACCCGGAUCCAGUAAGAUUUUUUCUGUUUAUUGCGAUCAAGAGACCGGUUUGGGAGGAUGGCUUUUGAUCCAGCAAAGAAUGGAUGGCUCUCUGAAUUUUAACCGGACCUGGCAAGACUACAGGAGAGGUUUCGGCAGCCUGAACGACAAGGGGGAAGGGGAAUUCUGGCUAGGCAACGACCUCCUCCACUUACUCACUCUGAGGGGCUCUGUCCUCAGGGUUGAACUAGAGGACUGGGCUGGGAAAGAAGCUCACGCUGAGUACCACUUCCGGGUAGGCUCUGAGGCGGAGGGCUACGCCCUGCGCAUCUCCUCCUACCGGGGCACGGCUGGAGAUGCUCUGAUGGAAGGCUCUGUGGAGGAGGGGCCAGAGUACACCUCACACAGCAACAUGCAGUUCAGUACCUUCGACAGAGACGCAGACCAAUGGGAGGAGAAUUGCGCAGAGGUCUAUGGGGGGGGCUGGUGGUACAACAGCUGUCAGGCUGCCAACCUCAAUGGCCUUUACUACCGCGGGGGCACCUAUGACCCCCGGAACAACAGCCCCUAUGAGAUAGAGAACGGGGUGGUCUGGGUUCCCUUCCGAGGAGCAGAUUAUUCCCUCAGGGUUGUUCGGAUGAAAAUCAGACCGCUGUUGCAACCGUAGCUGAAGAGUAGAAUGUGAACACUCUGAAGAAAACAAGGAGGAUGAACAAGUCAGGAAUCUAGUGAAUUUUCUAAAAAUUCCCAGGUGCUAUUUCGUUGUUCUUUGUACUGUAGCUAAAUGGAACUGAGACGUAUUACUGCUUUGAAAAAGAAUAAAAUAAAAUUGAACAUUUUUUCACCUUUGAA